UGCAAUCCCAAACAGAGUUGCUCCAGUCCAAGGCCAUUGGUUUUAAUGGGCGCAGACGGGCUUAACUCUGCUUAGGAUCGUACCGCGAUAGCCCUGCCAGCGCAACGAAGGAGCUCCGCGGGCGCUUCGCAGACGAGCGCAGCGUGCGGCGGCAGAAGCUGCUGUGAGCCCCGGUGCGCUCGACGAAGGGCUUCGGAUCCUUGAGGGCUCCUCGGGUUGCACUUUCGGGCGCGGCCGCGUGUUGGCUGCUUUCAAAGGCCGCCUGGUUAGUGCUGCCACGGAGAGCCGGACGUCGCCUGCGAGCUCCGCGCAGCUGCAGCCUCGGAAGCGACGGGCGGAGCGAGCGAGCGAGCGAGCGGGCCGGCCCCUCUCGGACCAUGGCUGGCGGCGGCGGCGGCGCCGAGGCGGCCCUGCGCUUCGCCAAGCGGGUCCUGGUGACCGGCGGCGCCGGCUUCAUUGCAUCUCACGUGGUAGUUUCUCUUGUAGAAAAGUAUCCAAACUAUAUGAUUAUUAAUCUGGAUAAGCUGGACUACUGUGCAAGUUUAAAGAAUCUUGAGAUAAUUGCUGGGAAACCAAACUACAAAUUCAUCGAGGGGGAUGUCUGUGACCCCGACUUUAUCAAAACAUUGUUUGAGACUGAGAAAAUUGAUAUAGUAUUACAUUUUGCAGCACAGACACAUGUAGAUCUUUCAUUCUGGCACAAACUUGAGUUCCGCUAUGUUAACGUAUAUGGAACUUACAUUCUGGUCGGUGCCGCUUAUAAAGCCAAGGUGGAGAAGUUUAUAUAUGUCAGCACUGACGAAGUUUAUGGUGGAAGCUGUGAUAAGGAAUUUGAUGAAUCAUCUCCAAAACAGCCGACAAACCCAUAUGCAACAUCCAAAGCAGCAGCCGAAUGCUUUGUCCUGUCUUACUGGGAAAGAUACCAGUUUCCAGUGGUUAUAACGCGGAGCAGCAACGUUUAUGGACCCCACCAGUUUCCAGAAAAAGUUAUUCCAAAGUUUAUUUCUCUCUUACAACGGAACAGAAAAUGUUGCAUUCAUGGUUCAGGACUGCAGAGGAGAAAUUUUCUUUACGCCAGUGACGUAGCAGAAGCGUUUCUUACUGUUAUGAAAAAAGGACAGCCUGGUGAAAUCUAUAACAUUGGGACCACGUUUGAGCUGUCUAUUUCACAACUUGCCAAGGAGUUAAUCCAUCUAAUAAAGAAUACGAGUUCAGAAUCUGAAACAGAAUAUUGGAUGGAUUAUGUCAAAGACAGACCUACAAAUGACUUGGGGUAUCCAAUGAACUCCGGAAAAAUGCACAGUUUGGGCUGGAGACCGAAAGUACCUUGGAAAGAAGGAAUAAAGAGAACAAUUGAAUGGUAUCAAGAGAACUUCUACAACUGGAAGAAUGCAGAGAGAGCUCUGGAGCCUUAUCCUGUUGCGGAAGCAUCGAUAUGAGUUGUUGGGCAGCGCACCUCUAAAGACAAACAUGAAGGAAACCAUUCUACCUCCCAAGGCCACAGUGUUAUCAGUGGGGAAAACUGUACUGAAGAGGCAGAAGUGAAGAUGCCGUGUAUUCAGGAAAUAUGAAGUAUCAAGCAACACUAUCAAGAAGGAAAAUAGAAAAGAAUUUGGGAAACCUUGAUAAUGUUAGGAAUUGUCAUGAUUUCAUCAGCAGUCCGAUGCAAUAUUGAAGCUUUAAAGUAUUUUUAUCAAACAGGGAAUGAAAGCCAUUUUUUGUUAAAUGUGCAUUUUAGUACAACUAUUUUGUAUUAAAAGUGUUGUUUUUAAAGAAA